AUGAAGCAGCACCUUGUCACAGUGUGUCUAGUCUGCAUUCUGUGUGCUACCCAUGCACCAUGCUCUGCUCAUCAACAAGAUGUGGCCAGCCAAUCCCCGCUCAACAUGGGCUCCAAAGGGACUGUGCACGUUCACAAUGAUCCUGAAAGGAGAGAGCGGCAUCAUGAAGUGGAUUUGGAGAAUCAGGUUUUUAUUAAGAAGAUGUUUAUGAAAUAUGGAGACGGAGAAUCUCUUACUGUGACUGGAUUUGGGGAACUAAUGAAAGCUCUCAAGCUGGAUCAAUUAUUUAAUAAAACAGAUGACAAAUUAAAAAUAAACAAUUCUUCAAACAAUGAAGAAGCUUCUAGGUGUGUUCAAAUUGAGAAUCUUGUCGGAGCUUCUCAUGGAACUUCAAAUUUAUUCAAUGAAUCUGCUAUUGAUGCAGUGAAAUAUGCACAGUUAUGUCCAUUGCUACUAUAUAAGAUAGUGGAACCUACAAAUUGCCUCUUGCGGAGUGAAAUGGAUCCAAACAGAACUGUGACAUGGUCUGCACAUGCAUCUGAGCUUCCAGUUGAAACCGUCAAAACUGUUUCAGUGUGGCUUUACGCCACUCUUAGUAUCAUUGUUAUCAGCUUGUGUGGACUGCUAGGCGUUGCAGUCAUCCCUGUAAUGCAGAAAGCUUAUUACCAGCAGCUCCUUCAGUUCUUGGUUGCAUUGGCUGUUGGCACCCUGUGUGGUGACGCACUUUUACAUCUCUUACCACAUGCUAUGUCAUCAGGUGCUGAAGAUUCCCAUUCUCACUCACACAGUCAUGGCCAUGAUCAUGACCCUCAUUCUGAUAACAUGUGGAAAGGUCUUGUUGCCUCCUUGGGCGUUGUGUUUUUCUUCUUUACAGAAAAAUGCCUCACGCUCUGUGCUGAGUGGAGAAAAAGACAUCAGAGGAAGAGCAGAACUGCUGCCCCCAGAGUGAGAGUGAUGCGGGACACGGAGGAUGUUGACAACAAUACUGUUGGAGAAAAGUUGUGCAAACAUAAAUAUAGCUCAUAUCCUUAUUGCUAUGGAGAUAUCACUAAAGAAGAAACUCUUGCAGAUGGCAGCUUGCACAAAAAUGGUGGACCAUCAUCUUUACAGUUGAACAGUGCACAAGAAGACCUUACUUCAACACCAGCUCUCACUAAUGACCGAGAUGCGGGUGUUACUAGUGCAUCAGGUGGCCAUGACUUAGAAAGUGAAAUUAAGGAACUGAGACCCAGUGACAAAGACUACACCAUAAUCAUUAGGGAACACAAAAACCAUCACCACGGCCAUUCUCACACCCAUGGCCAUGUACACUCUGCCCCCAACAAUCUUUCCAGUGUAGCAUGGAUGGUGAUCAUGGGUGAUGGUUUGCACAACUUCACGGAUGGAAUGGCGAUUGGAGCAGCAUUUGCUGCCAACAUCGCUGGAGGCUUUAGCACAGCAGUCGCAGUUUUUUGUCAUGAACUCCCUCAUGAGCUAGGAGAUUUUGCUGUAUUGUUAAAGGCAGGCAUGAGUGCAAAACAAGCUGUCUUUUACAACCUCUUGUCUUCAGUUCUGUGCUUUUUUGGAAUGUGCCUUGGCAUAUUUUUAGGCAACACUGAAACAGCCUCACAAUGGAUUUUUGCAGGAGCAGCUGGAAUGUUCCUGUACAUUGCAUUGGUUGACAUGAUUCCUGAAUUGUCAACAAGUCAUACGAUGGAAGGUGGAUCUGUGUGUCAAUGUUUGCUGCAGCUGGUGGGACUCAUGACUGGCAUUGGAAUCAUGCUUUUAAUUGCAAACUAUGAGCACGAUCUCAAACGCUCCUUUACUGACUGAUUAUAGCAUCUUACAACAUGCUUUGGCCAAUUGUUGGUGUCAGCAAUAAAUUGCAGGGCACUUGAUUUCACAUCUAGUUAUAUACAGCUGUUUUUUCUGUAUCUUUGAAGGUCGUCUUCUGUUUAUUGACUGAGCUGUAUGUACUGAAUUGUGUAUUGAAGUGUGGUCUAAUGUGAUAAUAGUACUGGACUGUGGGGACUUUCUAAUGAAUGUGUGAGUGAAAGCUUAACUAAAACAAGAAAAAUUGCUAGUUUACUGUGCCAUCAUGAAGAGAGAAAUAAUGCAUCAUCAAAUUUUAAUAAGGUGUACCCCGGCCUUCUCAUGCUCUUUCUCUCCUCUCCCGUCCCUCAUUUUCUUUCUUUCUCCCCCUCUUGAGAUUCUUUGGUCAUAUGAUAGAGUAUUGUUUUGUAAUUUCCCACGUUUUGUGGAGCCUGGGAGUAGCAUUUCACUGUAGGACCAUUUUCAGGGUGGCCGAAAUUUUUCUCAAAGGGAUAGAUUCUUAGAAUGUAGAGAAUGUUCAAAGCAGCAAAGUGCUUUGUAUCUCACCGUUUUUAAAUGUUAUCAAUUUAUAAUUGCAACAUCCUGUUUUUUUUUCUUCACUCCCAUAUGUGCGAGAAAGUAUCCUAUAGUGUCCAUUGCCAAAUUACAUAUUUAUAUAUAUAAACAUUUAUAUAUACAUAUAUAUCUAUUUUUCUCACUUGUUUCAAUUUUUGAUGUUAGUGUACUAGGCCAAUUUCCUCUUCACAUAAUUUAAAGUGUUAAGCAGCAAGAAGACCAAAUAUAAUUUUUUCAAGUACUCAUUUGCUAAUUGUGAAAGAAAAUAUUAAUGAUUGGAGUUAAUGGUUGGAGUUAGAUAUUAAUAUUUCCUCAAUACAUAGGAAGAGAACUGCUUAUCUACACAAGACUGAGGUUCUCUAGCCCCAUCUUUACUGCUGUUGUAGAAUGGAAUCUCUGUAUCUUAUUGCUCUCGCAUUUCUAUUGACGCUUUUCAAUUUCUGACUGUUCAAUAAUUGCACAUUUUUAAUGAGUUCUGCUGUAGCAACCUGCUGUCAUGAAUACCAGGAAAAGUAGUUCUGUUUUCCAGUUGAAUGCAAUUUGGGCUAAUGUACCUGAAACAAUUCAUACUAUGCUGUAUGCCAGUAUUAUGUGUGUGUACAAGUUUGUGCAUUGCAUGAUUAAAAUAUUCUGAAGUCACUUACAUUAUUCAGGUGAAAAUUAGGUGUUAAACUUCAUUUUCUUUUCAGUAUUAUGGUGUUGGAUAUUGACUUGUUGUUUUGAAUUGAUCUUUGCCCCAUUUCUCUGUGGAAUGAAGAACAUGGAAACUUACUUAUCAUUAUCAUAAUCUACAACUAAACCCGGGUAGAGUUUCACCAUGUUUUUGCUGUGAAUGGUGGGAUUUCCUCACCACUGAAUUGAACUGUCCCGUUAAUGUUAGAUAUGUAAUAUUUUUGGGAGAACACCUCAUUUGGGGAGAUGCUUUGCUGUUGUUGCUAUGUCUGGGUUUUGGUGAGCAAUGAAAAGUUCCCUGUUGUGUUUUUAUUUUUAUCGAUUGUUUUUACCUUUUAUGUAUUCUGAAAACCGCAAAUUCAGAUUAAUUACUGACAAGCUCUCGGAAAGUAGAAAAUGUGCUGAUGGGCUUUGGCACAAGGCAUGCUGUAGAUUUACAAGCUCUUGUUGUGUAACACACCUUUUAUUAAUGUGAUCUCAUUGCUCAGUGGCUUAUUAUGACUGCCAAAGUUGAAUUUCCAUUGUCCAUUGCCCUCAGUGGCUGUGACUAACUCACUUGGUUUUAUGAAUAUGAGGGUUUAUAGUCUGUGCCUCAAGUAAUUGAGGUCAAUCCACAGGUAACUUUCUAAUUUGUUGAUUUGUUUGUGCUCAUUUUAGACAGCCUGCCAUUAUCAUUUAUCAUGUUUACUUUGCUUGGAAAUUUGUCAUAAACAGGUUAUAAUCUCUACCUCAUGAUCUGUGUGUCUAUGCUUAACUAAUUGUGUACCAAUUGCUAAAUCUAAUGUUCUCUUUGCUUCUGAAACGUCUGAGCUCACUUAGUUAUUAAUAAUACUCUGCCUGGUUUUUGACAAUGUUCACAUAUCAACCUUUUUGCAAGUCCUACCCAGUGAUUUUUUUUGUUCUACUGUAGUUUACGGAUUUGUUUCAUUCUUGUCUUUUGUAAUUUUUAGUUUCAAAACGCUUUUAAUACCAAAGACUUGGAGAAGGUUUAUAGAAGACCAAGGCAAUGUUGUAUCCAUACUUAAUGAAAUGAGCGGCAAUAUGUCAUCCAACACACUUUAUUACCAUCUGUUUUGAUUGCAAAGAAAAGAAACCACACAGGUCUUCAAAGUUACUUUUACUAAAAUUUAAGAGGCUUGUCAAAUUUUGUAUGUUGGCGCCUACUUCUGGUAUGGUUGAUAAUUAAUUAAUUAAUUGAGAGAUAUGAUAUAUUUCUCACAAUGAUAGUGAUAAGAAUUUGCUGAUUGUGUCGGGCUAUGUUUACUAAUUUUAUUUUUUUAAUUAUGACUUUGAAGUAAAGUAUUCAUUUUUGUUAGAAACAGCCUCUGUUAUAACCCUCACUAAUGCAAUGCUUGUUUUGCUCAGGUCUUUUCAUUGUCAAGUUGUAAUAAGUAGUCUGUGUCCUAGGUUCAUUGUGGUCAAAAUGGAGCAAACUCACAAACUGAAACUUUUGGGGAAGUGACAUAGUUCUCCAUAGAAGUUGUUCUCUGCUUUUGAGGACAAGGAGGGAUUCCUUUAAAGCUCAGUCCCUGAAUAUGUGUACUGAGCGGUUGGCCUGUGCUCUUAUGUGUCUUAAAUGAAUCCGGAAUGCAGUCAUUCACUUCCAAAGUACUUUUCAGACUGUCUUUGACACAUGCCUAUUCAAGUGCAUGGAUUUGACUGUACUCUUGGCUUUACUUUUUUUUUGUUUAAAUACUUGGCACCCUCUUCAAAGUACAGAAAUUAAGGUCAAUCCAGCAUUUAUUUUAUUUGCAUCUUGUCACUUUGUUCUGCUUUCUCAGAGCAGUAGGGUGGGCUAUUACAUUUUCCUCUGUGGUGUAAUAAAUUUUGAAUCUUAAACUUCAUAAUAUUGUUUUGUAUAUAUAUUUUUGUUGUACUUAUUACAAAAAUAAAUAAAUUAGACCACCUCUCA